AAGCCUAAAUAAGGUAGAAUUCGUAUUGGUAUUGAAUUAGCUCGAUAUUUGAAAGGUGUACAAUUAUACCAGCACAUCGAAUAAUGGAUGAUUUGAGUAAAGUUCCGCCGCCGCAGUGUGAUAUUUAUAUAUCUCAAGGUAUCGGAAAAUUCCAGUCUAUAAAGUGCGAUGUUAUCCAGAUGGACAACGUGCACAGUCACCUUCUGGUUUCUUCAAAUAAAUUCGGGAAAUUCAUACAAUGCGACCUGACUGAAAACCAAGCGUAUCAGAAUCGAUCAAACAACCACAACUUCAAAAAUGAGUCAACUUCAAAUCGUGUGAAUAUGUACAAAAAAUAUAGAAAUGAACUUAAUAUUAUACUACAAAGAAAAGCACAAAAUUCAUCUCUGAAAAGGAGUGCAAUAUCUGUUAACCCUCUGCAGUACGAAGGACACUCCGCAGACCUUAGUCCCGUUCUAUUAACGUCCAAUGGAAAAUGUUCACGUAAAGAUUAUGAAAUUCAACUAAAGCCAACUAUAACCUGCCAACCUCUAUCGAUAUCUCAUGCUACGUCUAAUAAUUGUCCACCCAAACAUCGCCACAAUAACUCGUUCACCAGCGCAAAAAUGAGAUAUAAUCCAAGUUAUAGGAAAUCACCAGUUGAACGAAAGCAAUCUUUUGAUCACGAAUCAGACGGUGGAACAAAAUAUUAUAUUCUAUGUCCAACGUGUUUCGGAGAUCAGGAUAAAGAAAAUAGCGAUUUUACAUCUGACGAGGAUGACGAAGAAGGGAGCGACACAGACGACGAACAAGAUGAUAUAGCAUCUGGAGAAUUUGAAUUCACGCGAGAUUGUGACGAAAUAUCCUUAGAAAAUGACAGCACUGGAAGUGAUGAUUCAGACGAAAACUCUGGGAAUAACGGUGGUGAAUCUGAAAACAGCUCCUUAUACGAACAUGAAAUAAUGAUACAAGAAUUGGAUACAUUAGACAUGGGAUGUAUGGAAGAUGAAGACGAUUUCAGUUUUGAUCAACACGGAAGUAUAAAUUUCCGAGUAAAUGACUGCGGCACUGAUUCAGAUGAAUAUAUUGCAGAUACAGAUGAAGACCCAUAUUCAUACCACAGAGGAGAUGAUCUUGAUAUCGUGUACCGAUGUAAUCCUAUGGAUGACUUUUGAUCUACUAUCAGAUUAUUGAACUAUUAUUGUCGCUUAUAUGCUCGAGAAACACGCGGAGUUUGAAGUGAUGA